GGAGGAAGGUCAGGCGGCGCCUUCCGCUUCCUGCGCGGCUCCACCGCCUCCGGCCGCAGCGGGGCCGGGCGGGCUGCUGCCCCCCCCCGCCGGUGCCCGGCGCUGCAGCAGCACCGAGCGGCCCGGGCCGCCCGCACGGCGCAGGGAAGAGCGGUCGCCGGGCGACGGGACGGGACGCGCCGCUGCUCGGAGCCAGCUCGGAGCCGGACCCCGACCCGGACGGCAGCGCCGAGCCCCGGCUCAAAGCCUGGACUCCAGCCCCGACCCGCACCCCGACCUGGACCUGAACCCCAGGCCAGACCUGGACCCGGAUCCUGCACCCAAACCCCAGUCCAGACUUGGACGCAGCGCCCAAAACCUAGUCCCGACCUGGACCCUGACCCCAGACCUAAACCCUAAUCCAGACCGUGACCCCAACCCCAGACUUGAACCCCAGUCCAGACCCAGACUCUGACCUCAGAUUUGAUUCCCAGUCCUGACCCAGACCCUGGACCCAGUGCCCAAAACCUAGUUCCAACCUGGACCCCAACUCCACACCCAAAUCCCAGUCCCGACCCAGACCCUGACCCCAGACUUGAAUCCCAGUCCCGAUCCAGAGCCUGACUCCACACCCAAACCCCAAUCCAGACUCAGACCCUGACCCCUGACUCAAAUCCCAGUCCCAACCUGGACCCCAACCCUGCUCCCAAACCCCAAUCCAGACCCAGACCCCAAACGCAAACCCCAACCCCGGGCCUGACUCAGAUCCCGGCUCCAAACCCAGACUGUACCUGGCCCUCAGCCCAGGACCCCCCCACUGGGACCCCGACCCGCAGCCCAGAUCCCAGCCUCGGCCCCUGCCACAUGUCCCAGCCCUGCCUGCCCGCGGGCAGCCCCGAGGGGCCGGCCCCAGCGCCCCAGCCCCCCCGGGACCCCCGCACCAGCGACUUCUACCGCGUUAGCGACCAGCUGCCGGCCAGGUUCAACCACCCGACGUGCUUCCAGGGCUACCGGAAGAAGGAGCCUCACCCCCUGUACAGGACCAGCAACCAGGCCUACGGGAGCAAAGCGCCGACGGUGCACGAGAUGCCGACCUGCUACCGUGUCACCUCACACGCUUUCUCAGACACCCUGGGACCGUGCGGCAUGUACCAGGAUAACGGGCUCAACACCUCCCUCGAGAAGAGCCACGUCACCGGCCCCGACAACUUCAUCACCUCCUCCGACCGCCUCGACUUCCACCCCAGUUACAACCCCAGCGGGCCGUCGCACUGCUAGGAGAUGCGCGGCAGUGCCCAGGGUGUGUGAAGCCCCUUCAGUUUACCCUUGGUUCCCUAGGUAAAACAAAAAGCAAGCGAGCAAAACCAACCCCAACCCCAGGCAAACAAGCACCAGCACUAACCUUAUCCUGCAUCUGCUGCUAAGCCCAUGUCUUCUGAGAGCAGCCGUGGGAUGUCACGAGCGAGCUGAGAAUUGAGUGGGUAAGCGAGGUGGUAUGAAAACCGUAUUGGUGGGAGGCCUAAACUUGAAAUAUUGUUUCGGAGCUCUUGUCUUAAUAAAGAAACACAUCCAGGGAAAUAAUGGAUUCUUUCAAAAGGCCUUUAAGUACACAGGAAUACUGUGACUGCUAAAGCGAAAAUGGACAGCUCGCAGGCAGCCCGUGCCAUGCUGCUCUGUGAAUGCUCAAGGAACAACAUGCAACUAUUAUUUUUGGAUGAGCCAGUGUGGUUUUAUUGCUCACGCAAUACUGAUUCUCUAUUAAGAUGCGCUGGGAAAGGCCAAUUAGUACUAGCUGCAACAACGGCUUCUGUGGCAUCAGCAUUGUAUCUGCCACAAGAAAUCUAUAGUACUUAAGCAAUACUGAAAAUUUUGCUUGAUAUCGCUGAGCAGAGUAAAACUGUACAGGCAGACUGUCAGGAAAACAAUUCAUAUAGCACAGUAGUCAGCAACAGAUUAACAAACAGUUCACAACAUUAACAGUGUAAAUCAAGGUUUAAUAUGAAUUUUUCUCCUGAACGCAGGAAAAAAAAUCAUCCAGCUUGGUGAUGUGACAGUUCCUGUAACAAUGUGAUGAAAUAGCUGCAAAAUUAACCAAUUAAAAGUAACAGUAUAUUCAUUAAAAAAAGACAACAAGAAACACAACAAUGACCCCCCCAACUUUUUUUUUUUAAAAAACAGGACUCCUAACUAGUUACGGCCAGAAAGUUAACCUGGGAGGGGGUAGCAUUUUAAAUACACCUCUCAGAACUACGAUGUCUUAAAAAUUAUUCAAAUAAAGGCAACUAAUCCAAAGGAAAAAAUAUUUUCUCACAUUUUAUUUAAACAACUGUAGUUACACAACCAAGGAAACUGCAUCAUUUAUACAAUAACUUCACUGAAAGGAACACCAUAUCACAUUUUUCCUAAAAAUUAGUCUUGAAGAACUCAGCCUAUUUAUAGGUGAGAAAUAAUCCUACUUUACAGGCAUAACACAGUGAUAAUGUAUAUUAAAAAUAAGUGUAAUACUAUUAUUCCAGCUGUUAGCUAAAAAAACCCAACCGUGUAAUAGUAUGUUCUAGUAUGUAUAAACAUACUUGCGAGGUAAAGGUAUUCUGUUAAUAAAAUCACUAGGUAAAAAUCCGAAGUCCAAAACUGAACAGUUCAAGCCUGUAGUUGUGCUUUUACUAAACAUUCAAAACGCAGUAUAGCUAAAUGUUCCCAGACCUACCAGUAAGAUUCAAAUUAUGCCCAUCAGAGGAUUCCCGUUUUGCUCUGCAAUGCAGCUGGUUAUCUCAAAUAUCCAAACUGGUUAAAUUCACCUUUGCUGAAAACACAUCAAUACAUUUGAACAAGUAAACAUACUAAGCACAGACAUCGUCCUGAAGAGUUAACUUUUUAAAUAUUUAACUCAUGAAAAUAAACAAGCAACCCUCCAUCA